CCGCCCAUAUUCGCCGAAAGGAGGCCAACCUGAGCAGCUAGGCCGGCCGACGCUGGAACAAAUGGAAAGUUCAAUCGAUUAACUUGUUCACUUGUUUUUGCCUGGCACCAACUGGACAGGUUUAAUGCGGGCCUUUCGUCGUGAAGUGAACCAGGCAAUGCGGACAGCAUCGUGCGAAACGAGAGGACGAUCAGCUUGACUCAUUUAGUCGCCACUUCAGACGCGGAACUCCAUUCGUUUAAAGGUAACAUAAAUGGGUGAAUUAUGACAGAAUAUAAGCUGGUUGUGGUGGGAGCUGGUGGCGUUGGCAAGAGCGCACUUACCAUUCAGCUCAUCCAGAAUCACUUUGUGGAUGAAUAUGACCCCACCAUUGAGGACUCGUACAGAAAGCAAGUAGUGAUUGACGGAGAGACGUGUCUGCUGGACAUCCUGGAUACUGCAGGUCAGGAGGAGUACAGCGCCAUGAGAGAUCAAUAUAUGAGGACAGGGGAGGGCUUCCUCUGUGUCUUUGCCAUCAACAACACCAAGUCCUUUGAGGACAUUCACCACUACAGAGAACAGAUAAAGCGAGUGAAGGACUCUGAGGACGUCCCCAUGGUGCUGGUGGGCAACAAGUGUGACCUCCCGUCCCGGACUGUGGACACCAAGCAGGCUCAGGACUUAGCACGGAGCUACGGCAUUCCCUUCAUUGAGACCUCAGCCAAAACCAGACAGAGAGUGGAAGAUGCCUUUUACACUCUGGUACGGGAGAUCAGGCAGUACCGCGUCAAUAAGCUCAGCAAGGAAGAAAAGACCCCACGCUGUGUCAAGCUUAAAAAGUGUGUUGUGAUGUGAAUGGGGGAGUCGACGAUGCCUUUUACACGUUAGUACGAGAAAUCCGCAAGCAUAAGGAGAAGAUGAGCAAGGAGGGCAAAAAGAAGAAAAAGAAGUCCAAGACAAAGUGCACACUCAUGUGAAUAAUCAGUCCUUUUCCAGACAGACUAAAAAAUAAACUAUGUUGAACAGAUAAAGUAAUACAUUUUGUACAUCACACUAAAUUAUUAGCCUCUUUCUCAAUACCCUCUGUAACCAAUACUAAAGCUGACCCACUUAUCCUGCCUUCCUAUUCUUUGCUACUUGGACACCAAUGAGCUUUAUUUCCUGUUAAGUGCCAGUUGCUCACAUGCAUUGGUUUGAUUUUAUUCGGUGAUUUACUUUUCUCCCCCCCCCCCCCAGCUGUUGGUAAACUGCAUCACAGCACCUUUUCCGUGAUUACGUAGUCCUUUGGCAUGCCAAGGAAAACAACUAUUUAUCCCUCAAAUGUGCUAAUGUCACUGAUCCAGUAUGAAAUCCUUUACUCGUCUUCAAAUGCUCUAACAACUUUAAAUAGUUGUGUUUUUCUCGUGGGAAGUUACCUCUCCGCCUACUUUAUUUUUAUUUUUUUGCAUGCAUGCAGUUUGUCUUGGAUGACAUGCAUAUAGCAAACUGUCUCUGGUUGAUGGGGUGGGCAGCAAUAAAUGCAAACCCAAGUCAAUAUGUGUCCAGUUGAUCAAGUCUUCAGUAAUGUUUGCAUUGUUUGUACAUGACUAAUUAUACAAUCCUCUAGAAAUGUGCUUUAUUUGCUUGAUUUCACACGUCCACAAAGGUAACACCUUAUUUCAAAUGUGCUGUUAUUGUUUAUACUUCAAAGGUCUUUAUUGUAGGCUUCGUUCUUUUCUUAACCUGUUAACCUUUUGUGACAAGCAGUCAAAGGCAGAGAUUAGCAAUGUGUAGGACCACAUUUUUAAACAUGGGACUCUCAUUGUUUUUAGGUAAAAUAAGUUCUGCCUUCUCCAGUGUACCCUCUUUCCAGACCGAAAGCAAAUUAGUGACAUUAAGCUACCAUGCAGCAAUCUGGCUGCGGCGGGCAGUAUGAUGUACCUUUCUUAUGUGCUACUUGUUCAAGGGGUCUCCAAAUUAAUUUGUUGGAAAAUUUGCCUCUUUUUUUUUUUUUUUUUAAGAUUUAAUCCCUUGAAGUGUUAGAAUCAUUUCAGACUGCCUUUUGAGAGAAAUCCAGCAGACUUAAUUGUUCACUCUGUGAAAAAGUUGUGUAUUGUCUUGGUGUAAUUGAUGCUUGUAAAUGAGGCACAAAUUGCCAUAAAAGUCCCCCCAUCAGGAUCUCCCGAACAGUGUUUGCAAAAAAAAAAAAAAAAAAGUCCAAGCUUCUCUUGUGGGUCAGCUUAUAUUUUGUCUCUUACAUGCCCCCCACCCCCCCCCCACCCCCUGGUUUUAAGAUGAUUCCAGCAAGGAGUUAAAUCUGCCUUCCAUAUUUGCACAAGAUGCUCUGUAGAUGGUAGGGAGAGCUAAGACAUAUUUGGAGUUUCUGCAUACAGUAUGCUCAGAACAUGCGCAGGAGGCUGGUUGAACAUAAAAAAAAAAAAAAUAACGGGCCCUUUCAGAAUUGAUUUAUGUUUCUUCACAGCGAGCAGUUUCAAUGACGGCACCCUCUUUAAAGGACUUUCUUAAUCAGUGUUUUGCUGGUUAAAGUUAGUGGCCCAUAAUGUUUGCCAACAUGGCACAUGCCUCAAAAGAGUGUCACUGCACCAUUUAAGAGUGCUGACCACUUGGGGUCAGCCUAGACAUUUUGAAAGGUAUUAAAGGUUGUCUUUUACCAAGCCUGUUUUUGUUUUGUUUGUUUGUAUUUUUUGUCCCUGAUUGCGUGCCAUCAGCUGAUUUCGCACAUGAAUCACUUAAACCUUGAUAGUAUGUUAACAUUUGUAUAGCUGUGAUACCGAAAGGUGCAUAUUUUGUAAAUUGAUGUGUGUCUCGCAGAAUGUUGCUUUAAUGGAGUUUCUCCGCGCUUAGUGUGGGACUAGUGUGUCUGUGUCCAGGUUUAGGGAAGAGAAUGAAUGGCCACUUUGCAACAUGUUGAGUGGUGGUCUGAUCUCAAAUGCGUCUAUUUUUUUUGCCAUGAAUCUCACCACUCCUAUUUAAUGUGCAUUAAAGAACAUCAAAAGGAA